AUGCAAUUCAAGAAGGCAAAAGACAUUGAAGUCAAGAACUUCAUAGCAGCAGAGUGCUUUGAACUGGCCAAGGAUCGCCUGCCUGACGAGUACAACGUGCUUGGCAUGCGCUGGCUUCUGACUUGGAAGUACGACGAUAAGUACCAGGACGGCCGAAAGGCCAAGGCACGAGCAAUCGUGCUUGGAUACCAGGACCCGUCUUAUGCUGACCGUAAGACUGCUGCACCCACACCCUCAAGAGCGAGUCGUCAACUUUUCUUUCAGCUUUGUAGUUGGAAACGGUUUAAGAUGGCUAAGGGGGACAUAAGUGGGGCUUUCCUUCAAGGUGAUGAUUUGACUGAAGAGCUGUGGUGUAGGCCUCUCAAGGAAAUCACGGAAAAAUUAGAAGUCAAAGAGGGAACUCCCAUGCUCAUGAAGAAAGCUGCUUAUGGUUUGGUUCAGAAAUCGGAUUACAGUAUUGAACUCAAACAAGACCGAUUUAUCGACGAAAUGACUGAAAUCUUUCUGACGAAAGAUCGGAGCAGACAAGUCGAGUGCCCAACGACCGACGAGGAGAAACGGAAACUCAGAGGAGCAUUGGGCUCCUUGUCAUGGUUUAUCGCCUGGAGCGAUGCUGCGUGGGCCAACCGGCCCAAUGAGGUGGAUUCCACGGAAGGGAUUUUCAUUGGGAUGUGCACCCCCAAACUUAGGGAAGGUUUUCAUUCUCCGGUGACCCCUGUCUUUUGGAAAAGCGGUUGCAUCAACAGAGUGUGUAGAUCCCCUGCUACGGCUGAAACCAUGGCUGCUCUGAACACUGAAGAUGAUCUUACCUACGUCUGGGUUAUGUGGUCGGAACUUUUGGGACAUAAUAUCCAACUUAGAGAUGUUGAUCAUGCGGCGAGUUUAACCAAAGGUACCUUAGUGACCGACAGUAAGAACCUGUACGACAAAUUGCACCGGGCGACCCCGGUGGUGAAAGGACCGGAAAAACGCGCUGACAUUGAAGCUCUGUCACUCAGGCAGAACUUGCAACGAUCUCAGACAACCCUCCGGUGGGUUGAAGGUGGGGCUAUGCUUGCAAACGUUUUGACAAAAUGUCAUGAAAAAGCCCAAGGUUGGUUGUUCCUUAGUUUGGACUUUACUUGGAAGCUGGUUUAUGAUCAAAACAUGUGUUCUUCGAAGAAGCGUCGUGCGGCGGGCAUACAACCACUCCAAGACACACAGCACUCACACGUGCGCGCAAAGGAGGAAGGAGAAACUUGA